AAAAUAGUAGCGCCGGAUCUUUCCAAAUUCAAAUCAAUUCAAAUUUCACUCUCCGCUCAAACCACUUCGGCUCUCUCUCUCUCUCUCUCUCCACAGAUUUUGAAUAUCUACACAUCACCGCCGUUCAUCAAGUAAAUCAGCGGCUCCAAUUAAAACCUCAGCAACUGCCGCCCGUUUUAGAGUUAGGGCUUAGUGUUUCCUCAAGGGUGAAUUUAGAUGAUGAUGUCUUCCAGAAACCAGAACAGACCUCCUCGAAGUCCUUCCACUAAGGACGGUGGUGGUGCUGGUGGCGGCGGCGGUGUUCCAUUAGAUAAGCGUAGAAGGAUUGGUGCUGGAAGAAUUGGUGCAACUGACCGGAAACCGUUUGGUUCAGUUAACAAACGGCAGGAUGUUACAGCAGCACCUGGUAGUGAUACGGGUAGCACUGAGGCUUCAGAGUGUGAGUCCAUUGAAUUCUCAAAAGAGGAAGUGGACGCAUUGGUUAAUGAGAGGCCCAAGAUGAAGAAAUUUGAUCACAAGGGAAAUAUGGAAGUAGUGAAUGAACUUAAUAAUAGGCUUAAAGUUUGCAUCAAAUGGUUCCAGAAAAGAGAUGAAGCUCAUCUUGAUGAGCAAGGGAAGCUUCGAGCUGCUCUGGAUUCUUCUGAGAAGAAAUGUGCUGAUAUGGAGGUGGAGAUGAAAGACAAGGAGGAGAAAUGUAAUGCAAUUAUUUCAGAAUUGAGGGGCGAGAACAGUUCUUUGCAGGAGAAACUUACAAAUGAAGAAUCAGAAAAAAUGGAUGCAAUUGACUGUCAUAGAAGAGAAAAGGAAGCUCGGAUUACUCUAGAAACUUUGCAGGCUUCUCUUUCGAAAGAGCUUGAAAAAGCUCAGCAGGAUAUAUUAGCAGCCAAUCAGAGGGCUACUUCACUUGAUGAUAUGUACAAGCGAUUGCAAGAAUACAACCUGAGCCUACAACAGUACAAUGGCAAACUGCACGGUGAACUCGAAACUGCUCGUGAAAUGCUCAAACGAGUAGAAAAAGAGAAGGCGACUAUAGUGGAGAAUCUUAGUACUUUAAGGGGCCACUAUAACUCAUUGCAAGAUCAAUUAACAUCAUCCAGAGCUUCCCAAGAUGAGGCUAUGAAUCAGAAAGAAUCAUUACUUAAUGAAGUUAAAUGUCUUCGAGGGGAAUUGCAGCAAGUGAGAGAUGACCGCGAUCGCCAAAUAGCACAGGUGCAAGCUUUCAGUGCUGAAGUAAUGAAAUACAAAGAAAGUACAGGCAAAUCUUUUGCCGAGAUAGAUAAUUUGAUGGCAAAAUCAAAAUCUUUGGAGGAUACAUGUUCUGCUCAAAGAGAGCGGAUGCAUCUGUUAGAGCAUCAGCUAACUGCUGCUAAUGAAAAGUUAAAGAUUUCAAAUUUAACUGCAUCAGAAACAAGGACAGAAUUUGAGGAACAGAGAAGAAUCAUACAAGAGCUACAGGAGCGCCUGGCGGAUGCAGAACAUCAAUUAAUUGAAGGAGAGAAAUUAAGGAAAAGGUUACAUAACACUAUUCUGGAAUUAAAGGGGAAUAUUCGUGUGUUCUGUCGAGUGCGACCCUUGUUACCAGAUGAUGGUGUUGUAACAGAAGCGCCAGUCAUUUCCUAUCCUGCAUCCUUAGAAACACUUGGUCGGGGAAUAGACUUGAUACAAAGUGGGCAGAAAUAUCCUUUCACGUUCGACAAAGUGUUUAGUCAUGAUGCUUGUCAGCAAGAUGUUUUUGUGGAAAUCUCUCAAUUGGUACAGAGUGCUCUUGAUGGUUACAAGGUCUGCAUUUUUGCUUAUGGUCAAACUGGGUCAGGAAAAACUUACACAAUGAUGGGCAAGACAGAGGCUCCAGAACAGAAAGGGCUAAUACCACGUUCUCUAGAGCAGAUAUUUCAAAUUAGCCAGUCUCUUUUAGCACAGGGUUGGAAGUAUAAAAUGCAGGCUUCAAUGUUGGAGAUUUACAAUGAAAACAUUCGUGAUCUAUUGUCAACAAAUAGAUCAAGUGGUACAGAAAAUGCUGGGAAGCAGUAUACUAUAAAACAUGAUGCAAAUGGCAAUACGCAUGUCACUGAUUUGACAAUUAUUGAUGUCAGUAGCAUCCAAGAGAUUUCCUCUCUUCUACGACAAGCUGCACAAAGCAGGUCUGUAGGUAAGACACAAAUGAACGAGCAGUCAUCCAGAAGUCAUUUCGUGUUUACAUUACGUAUCUCUGGGGUGAAUGAGAACACCGAACAACAAGUACAAGGUGUUUUAAAUCUCAUUGAUCUUGCUGGAAGUGAGCGACUCUCAAGAAGUGGAGCAACUGGGGAUAGGUUGAAGGAAACUCAGGCCAUCAAUAAAAGUUUGUCAUGUUUGAGCGAUGUAAUUUUUGCAUUGGCGAAGAAGGAAGAUCAUGUUCCCUUUAGGAACUCCAAAUUGACAUAUCUUCUCCAGCCUUGUCUAGGUGGGGAUUCAAAAACUUUGAUGUUUGUCAAUAUUUCACCAGACCCCACUUCAGUUGGUGAAUCACUGUGUUCUUUACGGUUUGCCGCUAGAGUUAAUGCUUGUGAAAUUGGAAUUCCUCGAAGACAGACCACUGUACGACCUGUCGAUUCCCGCUUGAGCUAUGGUUAAUUCUGAUUUAUUUUUUUGUUGUGCAUCUCGACACAAUUAAUUUGCUACGAAGCAACUGUUAUCUAUAAGGAGGGUCGUCGUUCCUUAGGGUUUGUUUGUAGAAUGUGCGUUUGUAUAAUGAUAAUGAAGUGCUGUGUGAGCCUACUAAUUUGUAUGCUUAGUUUAGGACUUGUUUUAGCAACUGAAACUGUUCACCAAUUGGUGAACACAAGUGACAGGGAAAGAGCUGUACUGUUCUAAUAGCUUGAGUUUAUAAAUUGGUGUAUUUUCCCGUUGUA